CUUGACAUCGGCUGCGUAGCAAUCCGGUUGCCAUAUCGGCCGCCAUCCGGGUCUACCGCCAUGAAGCUGGCGUCGGCCAACCUUUGCAUGUUCUCGCGAGGUGGCUGCGUGAAGUGCUCCGUGCAGCUGGGCCUCUGCGGCCUGGGCGCGGCGUCUUUGGCGCUGCUCAGCUUCGAACCGCUGCAGGCCGUGCUGGACAUCCAUCAUCCGGCCUCCUGGUGCAUGUUAGCCUACCUCUUGCUGGGGAUGCGGAGCUGUUGGUGUCUCACCAGGGCUCUGGUCUUGCUCGGCCUAGGGCUGGUGCUUGCGGCCAGCCCGCUGUCCCCAGUGGGGCUCAGCAUCAUCUCUAGCCUGAGCGGCUUGGGAUUUCUCUACAUUGCCAUGAUUCCUUUCGGUCAGCUGGUGACACUCGUGCUGUACCUGGUGGCGCCUCAAGGGCUCUACGACGCCCAACCCCAGCGGAUUGAAAGGUUCUUGGAGUACCUGCCGUCCUUGGAUGUGGUGGCUAUCCAGGAGUUGACGGUCUCUUGGGGCUGCGAUGCCCACGUGCAGCGAAUCCGCCGCUUCGCCCACACCGUGGGCCUUAAGCACUUCGCCUCCAGUGGCCGAUGGCCCGACUGGCCGGCGUUUUACUGCGCGGCUGGCCUGGUGGUGCUGUCCAAGUAUCCCAUUCGCAGGAGCCUCUACUUCUCCUUUUCCAGGCAGGCCUGGUUUGAGUGGAGCGCCAUCCAGCGGGGCGCCCUCAUGGUGGAGUUGGACACCCCGCAGGGCAAGGUGGCCCUGCUGAAUGUGCACACCACCGCAGGCCUGGAGGUGCUGGAGACGGGCGUGGGCCGCAAGAGUUUGGCGGGCAAAGUGAACCCCGUGGGCCUCGAUCAGCUGCUGGAGGCCUUGUCCCGGUUCACGGACUUUUCGCGAGGCGCAGACCAGCGAAUCUUCUGCGGUGACUUCAACCUCAGCAAGGACUCGCCAGCCUUCAAGCGGUUCCAAGAAGAAGCGCGAGCGCUGCAUCUGGUGGAUGUGUUCCCCAACUCGCCCCCCACCUUUGGAGCGGUGGACGAUGAUGGGAAGCCGCUGGAGACAUUGGUCACCAAGAAAACAACCCAGGGCAACCCGCGCGUGAUCGAUCACGUGUUUUCGGACAAAGCGUGCACACACGCAGCUGUUGACCACAUGUUGGCGUCACCUGAAGCUGGCCGUCUUCAUGGCUUCCAGGCGGUGUCGGACCACAGCGCGCUGGAAGUGACCUUCUGAGCCGUCAGAAUGCUGAAUGUGCCACGAGAUGCUGAAUCCAACCAUGGAAAACCUGG